GUGGAGGGAGGGACCGCGGCCCGCAGCCGCCUCCGCCGCUGUGCGGGGCCGGCAGCUGUCCGAGGUGCUGAGCCGUGCGGGACCCAGAGCUGUCCGAGGUGCUGAGCGGUGCGGGACUUGCAGCUGUCCGAGGUGCUGAGCAGUGCGGAGCCGGCAGCUGUCCGAGGUUCUGAGCAGCGCCGCGCCCGGGCGGCAUCAUGGUGUUUGCUCCAGGUGAGAAACCAGGACCAGAACAAGAUGAGGUUAAGCUGCAGAAUGCCAGCAAGCAGAUAGUGCAGACUGCUAUCCUCCAAGCUGUGCAGCAAGUUUCUCGGGAGAACCAACAAAAGGAGAAGCGAACAAACAGCAGCGUGAGCCUCCAGCUAGAAAGAGGAAAGUUAACCAAGAAGCAUGAAAAAAAGUAAAGGAGCAGCUUGUUCGUAUUGAUCCUUCCGUCUGCCAUGAUUUCAGCCUUCUCUUUAGUAUCAGCUGUACUGCUAGCACCGUGUUACUGUUGUGAAGCAAACCAAAGUAUAAUCAACACCUAGGCAUAGAGUAAAGCUGCAAUAGUCCUUGGCUGAAAAAUAUUAAGUGCAUUAGAUGACUAACUCCAUAUUUAUGCAGUGCCUCUUAAGAGAAACAAUAACCAUAGCUAUAAAGGUAGUUUCAAGCACAAGCUCUUAUGGUAUGGACUUAUUUUCCAAAGCUUGUUGUCAGUACACUUCCCUGUCAGUUCUGCAUGCAGUGUUGCUGCCAGGCCAGCUGGCCAGACUCUCCUCUGUCUUACCGGGUUCACUGAAGCUGUCUUCACAGAAGAAACAGUUUACUACUGAGUGUAGCAGAAUGCUCUCAGGCUGCUUUGAGAGAUGAGAUUGUCAUUUAUUUUUUUAUUAACCAUGGAUUAACCAUGAACAUGAAAUGGCAGUGUAAAAUGGAUUUGGUAUGUUCCAUGAACCAUUUUCCUUUUUUUUUUUUUUUUCAUCCUGGAAAAAAGAGAAGCAUCCACUAUGACUUUGCAGCAACUAUGGUCUAUGACUGUGAUCAUAGAUCUGUGAUCUUUGUCUCUUUUUUUAAGAAGUUAAAAUAAGUGCUGAAGUUUUGGUCUACUUAUUUUGAAGUACUUCUGAACUUCUGUACAAAAAUCACUGGUGCCUCAACCACUCCUUUUAAUUUUCUUGAUGUUGAAAGAAGAGAAACCGACGUGCUGAUACGGAGUUUGCUAGCUAUGCCAGUUUUGAAAGUUUGCUGUGACUUGUUUUACAGAAAUGAAUACUGAAGUGGCUUUACAAAAAAAGAUUUUGACUUUAUUACUAUUUGAAGGAUGGAAAUACACUGUGUCUGAAUUCUCUCAUGGUAGAGGUUUCUCACCUGACGGGCAUAAAGUGACUUUAGAUAUUUGCAAUUGUCACAUAGAUUGACCUCAAAUAGAACUGCUUUAAGGUGGUAAUGCAGAACUUAUUCUUUAACUACUCCAUAUAGCUGAAGAAAUCCAUGAUAUUUCUGAAAAUACACAUUAAAUAAAUAUAUCUUUCACUUUUAUGCUCCCUUACUGUAAUGAUGAUUGCACUAUUACACAGCUGAAAUGAAUAAUAGUUUAUUUCAUUCUGGAAAUGGCUUCUAGCUCUACUUCAUCUGAAUUCUUGUAGUAAUAUUCCUAGAAAUAUAUUAGAAGUAGGUGCAAAGAAUCUGCAAAGUAGGAUAAAAACUUUCAUAAUUGCUUUUCUACUCAGUGAGAUGUGUCUCAAAGUGACUUUUUCAUUUAAGUAAUUGGCUAUUACUUACUAUGUUCUACUGCUCGCGUUAGUCAAUUUCAGGAUUCUUUCUCAUGGCCAGAGGCUUAGUCAUGAAUAGCCACAUAUUGUAAUAUUAAGCCUCUUAAAUCUGCUUGUGUAGUGGAAAUGCUAAGUCACAGCUUGAACCAGUGAUUGAGCACCUGGUGGGAAGGCAGGGCCAACCCAGGGAAGCUCAGGUGCAUGCAAUGCCCCUGAGUGACUGGAAGGGUUGGAGCCAGGAUCCACCCCUUCCCAGACCUCAUUUAAGGGUUGGUGGUGGAAGUGAGGGUCUCUCUUGCUGGAGAUCCUUAUGUACCUGUAGUCUUCUAAGGGUAAGCAGAUUCUUGUCUUUGUGUCCUCAGCUGCUGUAGCCUAGGAAUUUGCUACUGUGCUUUUACUGUUAUGUUUUCCAUUGUAUUGCAGUGUCACAGCUUGUUUUGCUUUGUUGUUUUUUGUAACAGCAUUGAGUUAUACCAGAAAAUGCUCUAGCUCAAUCUUCAUUUCAUUUAAGAAUGCGAAGAUAAAUUCAAUGUGAAGUUGUUAUAAAUCCUCUAAUAAUUAAACUGGACUGCAUUGCAAGUACACAGUUGAUUUGUUUCUCUAGGCACUAGCUGGGUUUCCUCAGCCAAGCAAGCUUUGAAAGGAGGAAAUGCUUGGUCUUGAAGCAUGCAUGUAUUUGUCAUAAUAGUCAUUUUUUACUAUUAGCUUUUUCAUCAACUGUCCUUCGGUUAGUAGGUAGCUCUUUUCUGAGCACUUGUAUCUUUGCUUUCUGAGAGCCUAGGAAACCAAGUUCAAUUCUGAGGCUGAGGAGCAGGCAAGAGGAGUACAUGAGGGAUAAAGCAAGUCUGCUGAGGAGGCUUUGUGAUGCUAAAUGGCGUUUGCUAACAGUGAUGUAAGAGGGAGAACUACAGGACAACAAAAACACACCCCAUUUAGGAUUUUUCUACUUGGGUUUUUUUUUUUCUUUUCCCACAGAAACUUGCAGGAAAUGUAUUUUUAUACCUUUCUGGUGCUUGUAUCUUUAGUAGUUUGGAAAUGUGUUUACAUGUCCAUGCUUUCUUCUUAAUCCCCAUGUUAGGCAAAUGAGAACUUCAAAAACUAGUGAAUGCAGGUUUUUUGCCAUUACUUCAUAUGAGCCUAUUCUACCUUUCUCCUACUGUGCUUUUCUGCAUUAUCUUUUUACUGUCCUAGCCCUUUUAGAUACACUGUUACUCAACCAGUACCUUGUGCCCUUCAUUUUAGUGCUGUCAGAGGUCUAGCAUCAUGGAGAGAGAGCGUUAGGAAGCCUCACAGAACUCAGAGGAGGUUUGAUAGGAGGCUAUCAAGGAAAAGCAAAUAACCUUGUAUAACUAGUGUCAUUUUCCUUGAGACCCAAAUAAUGCAUUUCCUAUCUAUACUAUGUGUAUCUAAAUUAAGGCAUGCAUUUAGUAACUCCUAUCUAUUGACAAAGGACGUUCUGCACACCAUUUGCAUCUGAUGUAUGUAGUUGAGAUCUAUACUGCAUGUAAGAAAGCGGAUGAUUUUAGUAAAUUUCUGGGAGAAAAACACAGACCAUAAAUUAUUACAGAUGCGAUGCAGAUCUGAUUACAAAUAAAGAAACUUCACCUCACAUAACUCUGGCUUCUCGUCAAAGGAAGGGAAAAAUGUUCAGAUAAUGUAGAAAGUCUUUCGAGAAAAGCAAUGUGGUACUGAAAGAUUUAUCCACCGCAAUAAUUUCUAUCUUAAGCAUGCAAGACAAUCAAAAUGGUAUCUAAACGUAUUUAAAUUCACCACAUUUUAGCACUUGUCAAUAAGUAGAAGGAUGCACGAAUAUGAAAGUACACUUACUGUGUCUCUUCUUGUGAAGUAGAAUCAAGUAUCUGUAUCUAUCUUACUGCUGCACUUGCUUUAUUUUCAUUUAGGUUGAUUAUCAUGGUUUUAUUACUGUGCUUGUGUUCUUUGUAAUGUAAUCAGACACUGUUCACAAAGCAGCAGUACCUAAAUGGAAAUAUACAUGCACGUAGCAAAAUGUUGUAAGAGAUUACUAAAUACCACUGCUUAUGAAGUUGGUGGCUCUGGACAGUUACACUGGAAAGCCUUACUAUAAAAUGAAAAACACAGUGUAUCUUGGGAACUAACAUUUUCAUUUUAACGUUUAAGAAAAGUAAAAGCAUUCUGUAGUAACAUUAUCACUAAGAACUGGAAAAUCUUGAAUGUAUAAUCAACAGUAAAUGAUGCAUCUAAAAAUCUUAAUUAAAGGCUCUAAUGUUAUCA